ACAAACUCAUCGUAAUCCUUAUCGUCUUGGUGAUGGAGAAAUCUCUUACUCCGAUCAUCCUCUUCUUCUUCCUUCUCCUCCUGGCUUCUUGUUCUGAAAUGGCAGACUCGACGACCAUAAAAGCCGACAAGCCGUGCAAGCGCCUAGUACUGUAUUACCACGACAUCCUCUUCAACGGCACUAACGUUUUCAACGCAACCUCUGCCGCCAUCGUCAAAGAGCCUAACCUCGGCAGCCACCACUUCGGGCUUAUGGUCGUAUUCGACGAUCCCAUUACUAAGGAUCGCCACCUUCUCUCGCCGCCCAUUGCUCGAGCUCAGGGCUUCUAUUUCUACGACAUGAAAUCUACUUAUAAUGCAUGGUUUGCGUAUACUCUCGUAUUCAACUCUACCCAAUACAAUGGGACCAUUAACAUCAUGGGAGCCGAUAUGAUGGGCGAGAAGACUAGGGACCUGUCUGUGGUGGGUGGAACUGGAGAUUUCUUCAUGACUAGAGGCAUUGCCACCUUCUUCACUGAUGAGCUUGAAGGCAAUGACUAUUUUAGGCUUCGGAUGGAUAUUAAGUUGUAUGAAUGUUACUAGCAAGGUUGUGUUUUGGCCUGGGGAGUUUCAAAAAGUAUUUUUCAUGUCUGAUUUGAUGUGUUUUAGUUUGGUUAAUAAGGUCUGUGGUUCUCUUUACUGAUUGCUCCAACCUGCAGCAGUUGCUUUCUUCGCCCAGUGAACUCUAUUCUUACAUUGCUUACCCCAUUGAUUCAU